CAGCUUCAUGUUCUAUGGCAGCCCAGUACAGCUGUCACUCGGACAAUCCUUGCAAGUGAAGAAGUUAAAUAUGGAAUGUGUAGAUGGCUCUGACUUUCUCCACUACGCUAUUACCAAGCUUCCAUAUGUUGUGCCAAAUGUUGAAGAUCUUGUAUUAUCUUCGUAUGGCGAGAGGUUGAAUACACCAAUGACAGCUGCCAAAUUCCUCCACCUCAAGCACUUGGUAAUUUAUUUUGACGGAGAUUCUUCCCCAGGAUAUGAUUAUUUCUCUUUGGUUUCUUUUCUUGAUGCUUCUCCUGCUUUGAAGACCUUCAUCUUGGGUGUACAGCAGGAUGAUAUGAAUUUUGACUCGAUCUCAGUGGAUGCCUUACAUAUGAGGCAAAGGCCUGACCACAAGCACAAGAGCCUAAAGAACGUGACUAUCCUUGGCUUCUGCUCUGCAAAGAGCAUGGUUGAGCUAGUAUGUCAUAUUCUAGAGAAUGCAACAUCACUGGAGUGUAUCAUCUUGGACACCAUAUUUGAUGCGGAAGACAACUACAUGCUCGGUAGAUGUUCUGUAACUUCUGACCGCAACCCGGGUGACUGCUUCCCAACGACAAGUCAGGUGAUGUUCGAAGCUGAUAGAGGUCUCAUGGCCAUUGAAAGAUACAUCGUGGGGAAAGUUCCAUCUACUGUCAAGUUAGAUGUACGGGGACCCUGUAGCCGGUGCCAUAUUUGAGAGCUGAUG